CUUUCUUCCUCGGAAGGACGGAAAGUCCGGCCGUUUGCAGGCUGGCCGCUCCGGACCCAGCAUGCAGCCCCAUAUCAUGGGGCCCAUGUUUAGGAACAAUCCGCUCAGGCCCAGGGCCACGGUCCUACACCAAGUUGCGAUCUGCCCCUCCGGAAAGGCCGGUAGGACUAGCUAGUAGCUACCCAAGCAGAAGCCUGACCGUUCUUGCGUUGCUGGCUGGCAAUGCCCCGCCCUUGUCGCGCACAUGCCUCGGAUGAAGCAUGCACUGCAGUGAAUCUAGAAGGGGCAAGAGGGCAGCAUUGUUGGAAGUCUUGAAGCGAGAGCCGACGAACUAAGUUGCCAACGGAGCCGCCAUACUUCAAAGUUAGACAUCGUAGUGCAGGACAAGCGUAUCUUCCAUUCUUCCGCUCAUUUGCAAAGGACCACUGGUGGACAACCGGGAGCAGCUGGAUUGAGUACUGUGAGCGAUCCGCGUCGACGCCAAAGAAUGUCCAGCGCCGCCAGGGAAUGCCAUGUCAUGCAGCGGUCCCAAUGCAACGUCGCAGGCGAGUCUUAGGGAGCCCGACUCCCCCCCCCGCGAGCAAGAAGUCAGAUUCUGGAAUAACAAACAGGAAGUGAAGCCACCGCCACUCAGCCCAAUCAGCUGCAACAGCUCUCUCCAUCACGCCCACACCACCGUUCGAAGGAGCCGGACGCAGGCAGAAAAGCAGGCGGCAGAGCAACGGGCUGCGGAUCUUCCGCACUUGAAGAAGCUCAGCAUUUCGGUUGCAAAGCUUUCGUCAAAGACCAAGGAGGUUGUCUCAGCAGACCCGGAGACCCCCCAUUCAGCGAGUUCUCACCUCAGCGGUAGCUUUGUGAGUCUCACCCUCGGCAAGAUGGCCACUCUCAAGCAGUCCUUGCAGGAGGGGGCCGAGCGCGUCCCGAGCCCAGCGCGCGACGACGCCCUUGACGCCGCAGUAGCAGCUCAGGAGAACCCCGGCAAGGUCCAGAAGCAAGUGAUUGAGAUCGAGCGUAAGGAGGGCAAGGAGGGGGGAUUCCUGGGGAAGGUGUUCUCGCGCAAGCCGUCCCCUGCCCGGUUGACCAUCCCAUCGGAGCCGGCAGCCAAGCUGCUGACCAGGAAAACCUCGCCCCCUUCCCCGGCUGGGUUCAGGUCCAAUGGGCUCCCCCCAAAACGGGCACUCUCACCCCAACCGUUCCGAGGAAAGACAGUAGAAGUGCUGAGGGAGGGGCGCUCGCAGUCUGCGUUCCAGCCCAGGGGGGCGGGAAUGAGCCCGAGGAAGACAAGCAACGAGAGGGAGUCCGGGCGCAAGUUUGCGACGUCGCCGCAGAGGGACUCCACCAGCCGCCACACGAAGGAGUGGGUCAAUGCCCUCAAGCCCCCCGGGCUGCCUGCGGCCCACGAGUCGCGCAAAGACAGCGACGCCAAGGCCCUGCGGGAUCGGCGGUCGCACGCUGUGGCCAUGAUGCAAAGUGCCCAUUCACACCGGGAGGGGGCCGUUCUGCUGCAGUCGCCCACGGUCAGCUCCUCGGAGGAUGACGACAUGUGGGACGUCCAAGCUGAAGCAGACAGGCUCAGCAGUGAUUCUGCUGAGGGCUCUGAGAGCGAUCACCUGAAGCUCGACCGCUCCGAGCUGCUGCGCCGCUCCGCCAGCGAGCAGUCCCACACCUCCCGCGCCGACAUCCAGAGCGCCGAGUUUGCGCGGCUGGUGCAGCGGCAAAAGUCGUUUGAGGAGAGCGCGCAAAGGCCGCGGCCGGUGGAGAGGCGGGCAGGAUCCGUGGUGGACGGACGGACGGAGACGUUGUUCUCGCGAGAGUCGCACUCGUUCUCCAUGGCGCAGUGGAAAAAGGAGAUGGGUCCGGGACUGGGGGCGCACACUAUGGGGCACAGCGGCAGCUUUGGCACGGGCAAGGCUGCGGCAGGGCUCUCAGCAGACGCACUUCGGAACAGGCAAGGUGACAGCCCGAACAACGCUAGCUUCGGGUUUGCGUUCGACAACGCGCAGUUCAGUGACCGCGUGCUGGUCCUUGAAAUCUCGGCUGACGUCAGCCACGAGCUUGACGGGAACAGCAUUGACGUCAAGCACGCGCCUGGCCAGGCCCCCCCGGUGCGCAAGCCGAUCCACGUCAACAGCGCAAUUGUGGCUGUCAAGUCCAAAUACUUCUACAACCUCCUCGGCGAGAACCAACAGCAAGCGGCCGUCAUGAGAAUACGCCCUGAAGACGAGGCCCCCGUGCUCGACAUGUUACGUUUCAUGUACAGUGCCGAGCUGCGCGCGUCGGCCCCCGAGGAGCUGGCGCAGGUGCUGAUCGUGAGCGACCGCUACGCCGUCAGCAGCUGCUUCAAGCACACGUUCCGCCUGCUGUCCGCCAUCACCGUGGACGCGCUCUCCGCCUGCCUCUUCCUCGACCUGCCGCGCCACCUCAAGGACCCCGGGCAGAUCCAGAACCUCGUCCUCAUGGCGCGCUCGUGGCUGGUGGUGCACUUCCGGGACCUCGAAAAAACGUAUCGGACGCCCGAGUUCUUGAACCUGUCGUUGAUGGGCGUCCGCACGAUCCUGGAGAGCAACGUACUGCAGAUCUCGUCCGAGGUCACGGCGUUCAACGCGCUGGUGAACUGGUCGCGGCACCACUUCCCGGACAGCGAGGCGCAGCGCGCCAAGGUGGUGGCCAAGCUGGCGCACCUCAUCCGCUUCCCGUUCAUGACCACCGAGGCGCUGCGCCAGGCGCUCGACAUGCCCGAGCUCAACUCCGACGUCGGGCGGGGGCUCAUCGUCGAGGCGCUCUUCUUCAAGGCCGAGCCCUUCUUCAAGCAGAGCAAGUUGGCCGAGACCGAAACCGCCCACUCGCGCUACGUCCCGCGCUCCAACGACUCCCGGCUGGGCGUCACUCUGGCGCCCAUGGAUGAAUCGGGCCGCCAGGCGAGCAUAUUCUUUGAGCUACCGAGGAGCCAGUUCCAAAACCUGCAGCCGGGGGGCCACAUCACGUCCAAGCCGUUCGUGCUGGGCGGACAGACGCUGUCUGCGGUGGUCGCCAAGAAGGCGGGCAAGAACAGCGCCACGGAGGGCGUCCUCUCGCUGUGCAUCCACAACGGCGUUGCGGCAAAGUCCAAGAUCGUUGGCGAGUACGAGUUCUUCACGCGCUUCCACACGAUGGACCCCUUCCAGUCGGUGGCCCGGGGCAAGCUGGCCUUCAAGAGCGGCAAAGAGGAGCAGGGGCAGAGCACGGUGAAGUUUCCCGAGGACAAGAACACCAUGAUCUUCCUGCGGGCGGACCUGGUCAUCAAGACGUAAGCCGUCGGGGCUUCUAGACUGGGCAGGGAUGAGAAGCGCACCCGCAGUUGAAGCGGCACAUAUACAGCACAGGCCGAGCGCCUGAAUGGGAAUUACAGGAAGUUGACUGUUGAAAUGACGAAGUCCGGAGGGAAAGAACGUUGCCACUUUUGUGGUCCGCGUGGGCUUCGGAAACGGGGUUCGAAAACCCUCAGAUCGUCUCAUCAGUCUGAAGUCAAAGGAGGAAUCAGUACUAAGUUCACCAAUUCUUGACGGCUUGCAGACUAGGUUAGCUACAGAAGCAAGUUAACGAUGUAGAGUCUCGGAUCUUGACAGCACCUCCCACUCUUUGGCCGGUGGUUUAGCGUAGGGUUUGACACUCGCCUGUAUAGGAUAACGGAUUGGAUUGUAGUAUGCAACACUGUACUUUACGUCGGCGUGGCACUUGAUGUGGACUUUUGCAAAUCGUAUGAUUGCUUGAGGAGUCUAGUCGCG